AUGGCAAAGCGCCGGAAGGUGCAGGGCGGCAAGCCGCAACAACGCGCCGCCCCGAAAGCCGCAGGGAAGCGCCAGCACAGCAACACACAAGGGUCGGCGUCGACAAAGUCCAGUGCGCCUCAGCCGGCAAAGAAGACUCAGGAACAGCAUCUCGAGCCGACAAUCCCCUUUGAGCCCGAACACAAGAUCCUUCUUGUCGGCGAAGGCGACCUCAGCUUUGCAACCUCGCUCAUCGACCACCACUUUUGCGCCGAUGUCACCGCCACCGUCCUGGAGAAAGACUUUGACGAGCUCGUCUCCAAAUACCCUCAUGUCGCAGACAACAUUGCCAAGAUCGAGGCCGAAGGCAGCCGGGUCCUCUACAACAUCGACGCGACCGCCAUGAAGCCGUUCACCGCAGGUACAGACUCGUCGGACAAGAGCAAGGGCAAGAGCAAGAAGGGCGGCGGCGGCCCGGGGAUCAUGGACCGUAUACUCUUCAACUUCCCGCACGUCGGGGGCAAGAGCACAGACGUCAACCGCCAGGUCCGCUACAACCAAGAGAUGCUCGUGGGCUUCUUCAAGAGCGCCACCCCAUCCCUUGCGCCCGGCGGGUCUAUUAUUGUCACUCUGUUCGAGGGCGAGCCGUACACGCUCUGGAACAUUCGAGAUCUCGCUCGCCACAGCGGUCUGCAGGUCCAGCGCAGCUUCCGCUUCCAGGCACGUGCGUACCCGGGCUACCACCACGCGCGGACCCUCGGCGUCGUGCGCAACAAGCUGACCGGCGAGGUCACCGACAGCGCCUGGAAGGGCGAAGACAGGCCCGCCAGGAGCUACGUGUUUGUUCGGAAGGACGAAGUGCCAGCCACGCCAUCGAGCACGAAGAAGAGACCUAGAGGCAAGGAGGACGAUUCCUCAGACGACGAUUGA